AUUGUCAUAUAUACUACUAUAAGAAUGUGAAGGACACUCGAUAGUUAUCAUAUGACUAUAGUUUAUCUCUCAUGGGGUGUUCUGAUCGGGUGUUCUGUAAGUUCGUUUUAGUAGUAUACUUGACAUAUGCGUAAAAAUCGUUAAACAAUUGCGUGGCUGUGAAUAUAGAACCGUUUAUACUACACUGCAAACGGCUACGUGGUGUUACUGACGAGUUAGAUUGUGAUUAUAAAGUGAAACCUUACUGAUAUAAAACAAACAGGAUUCAACUAAUAUAUUAUCAGGGAGGCCAAGCAACAAAAUGGAGUUUACUACACACAGGAACACAACCGACUCGGCCGAGUCUCUGUAUGAUAGUGCUGAAGACCUGACGUCUGACACGUCUGAUGCUGGGGAGAAUGGCCAUCAAAGUCCAAAUAACACAACUGUGCCAGACGGAAACAGAAAUGUACCAGUAGGAGAACGAUCUAUAGAAGACGUCAACAGAAAAAUCUUUGAAUUAUUUGCCAAGCCAUAUUUGGAUCGUCAAACGGAUUCACAAGACGGAGUACUGGCGAUCAUUGAAAAUAUCAUUUCAUUUGGUGUGCAAAUGCUUGGGGAAAGAGUAAAAUCAUAUGCCGAAAAAGCAUAUAAUCUGAGUAAAGAUGUUGGCGUCCAUGGCCAGGAUAUAGAGAACAUGCUCCGUUUUUAUGAAGACUCACUAAUGCAGGGAUUCAGACAAAUGGAUGUUCAGGUUCCUCAUCAGCUUGAAUACCCAUCAUUCAAUGUUGGUUCACACUCCACAAGGCACCAGCAUGUCAUCCGGGAUUGCUACCACGUUCUUCGCAGGGAUCUCAUGCUGGAUCGUACGAUGCUGCUGGACCAGCUGAUAGAAGAUGACCUCAUGUCUGCCACUGAUGCUUCGAGCAUGCGAAAAGACAGAAGGCGGAACGAACGCUUCCUUCAUUUUUUAAAUGGAAGAAUAACGACAGCGGCGUUUGAACAGAAAUUUCUUCCAGCUCUGAAAAAAGAACAUCCCGUUUUAGAGGAAACUCUGAGAAGAAGUUUCUCAAGUUCCAAAGGCAUUAACGUUCUUCAUAAAUGCUCUGUGUGUUACAUGAAAGACACAGUUGAACUUCGUGACAUUGCAGAGGACAUGCUAAGUAACGAUAUCAUUUCAAUGGCAGUGACAGAUGACAUGAGGAACGAUGCUCUAAGUCAUGACGAUAAAUGGAAACGGUUACAGGGACAUGUUAAAGACUUCAGUGCCUUUAAACACAGCCUAAAGAAGAAAUAUGCAAACGUGUACCAGCAGUUAAUGACCGAUGAAGCCAACUCAUUUCAGUGUUUGUGUCAGACAAGGACGGUGUUUGACUGGACACAUCCUGAUUCUGGAGACAUUUCGGACAAAGCAUCAGUUUUUACAGCUGAUGAUGCAGUACGGGGCGGACAAGGUAACUCAUUGUAUGAUCGUGUGGCCAAUCGUAUUUUCCCCUUACUUGCUCAAAGGUUUCAAGAAUAUUUCUACACUUUCAAGGAAAGCCCGGACUUCAAAAAAGCUGUUAAUAAGGAAAUGGGUUCCCAAUCUGGCAACGCGGUCUCCAGCUUUCCUUUGCAAGGUCCAACAUAUCCACAGUUCGCCUUCUCCCCAGCCCAGCCAGGAACAACCUUCACCACACCAAGGGGGACGUCAACUAUAGGGUAUCGCCACCCCUCCACGUAUGGAAGUUUGCCGGGUAACUCACAGCAAGGGCCAGGGACUAUUGGAUCACUGCAGUAUCCAAUGGGAUUUCCUGUUCCACCGCCGCCACCAUUCCAGUCACAGUUACCUGCACCACCCAUCUUCCGUUAUCUGGCGCCGCCACCACCAGCACAACCACCAAUGUUGUACAUGCCUCUUCAUGGAUCACACUUCAGAACCACCAUGGCUUCCCAAACAAACGAGCCAUCUCAACACACAGAAGAGAACGCGAUGCCAACAUUUGAAACCAUAGAAGAAGAGUCAAAUGAGGAGUUGGAUGUGGAUCUUCAAACACUGUCAGCCAAAGAGAGAUACCAGUAUUUAGGGAACAGACUGUACCCAAAGGUGAAGGACAUCACAUCUGCAAAUCCAGGGAAAAUAACAGGAAUGCUUUUGGAACUUGACACGGAGGCUAUUGAAAAAAUGAUGACAUCAGAGGAUGAACUCAGAUUAAAAGUUGAUGAAGCCGAACAGAUAUUACAGAAACAUCGUGACAAGGACAAGACCCAGUGACAUCAACCAGUCAUCGUCCUAUAUAGCAUCGUGUCCUGUGGUUUUGUGAUAUGAAGUCAACGCAUUUGGAAGCAGUUUUGUAGGUCGGUAACGGUACGAGAAUUAAGACAUCCGGCAUAUAUGGUUCUUGUUAGACCUAGUGAUAUGACAACGGAUCAAGGACUUGAUGGUCCAUCUCAACAUGUGACUUACAGCAAAUGAUACAUGAAGAAAUUAUCUUGACCUACUUGUGUCUUCUUGUGUCCUACUAUCGCCUGCAAUAUGCCAUCAAAUAUGUGAGUGAGGGAGUAUGGUUUUACGCCGCUUUUAGCAAUAUUCCAGCAAUAUCACGGCGGGAGACACAGAAAUGGGCUUCACACAUUGUACCCAUGUCGGGAAUCGAGCCCCCGGGUCUUCGACGUGAUGAGCGAAUGAUUUAACCACUAGGCUAGCCGAAUAUAUGUUUCACUAAGACCUUCCAAGAUUACAGGGUCAACAUAACUAUGUAACUGAAACCUGCCCCUUUUCAUAUUUCUACAUCAGGAUGUAUGUAUCGACAUGAGACAUGCGUGCUGACUCUCAUCCUACAGCUAUGAAUUGUCAUGUGCAUGAAGUAAAAUCAUGUCAAUCUGGGCAGCAUGGAAAUAUAGACUUUAAUAAAGUCAUGGUACGUCAAAUGAUCAGCAAAGAUUUGAAACCGUUAGAAGAUGAAGAUUAUGGGGCGAGUUGAAACGCAAAACCAUAAUACUGCAACAGCUGGCACAUCCACCUACAGUCGUUUUGUUAAAAGGUCUCAGUUUCUUAUCUCAGAUAUAUCACAACACAUCACAUUGUGAGAAGAAAGGCCAAAUGGCAAGGUGCUGAUCAUCGAAUCCUGGCAUGGACAGGGGAAGCAACCCUGCACAUGAAAUUGUGGUGGCUCAAACCAAUGGAGCACCUGUAAUCCCAAGUAUUUGUAGGACAUGACAACUUCUAAACAAGGGUUUUGGUUUGUUUGUUGUGUAACGCUGAACCCAGAAAUAUUCCAGCUAUAUGAAGGACAUAACAGGUAUCCAAUAGAUAUUCUAAAUACAGAGUAGGGUUUUUUCGAUUCUGAGAUUUCAAUUUGAGAUUUUGAAAUUAAGCUGAUAUUAAUUUGACAGAAAAUGUUUUUAAUCCUUGUCAAUGGGCAGACUCAAACACUGAUAAUACAAAUUAAAGGUUACAAAUGCAAGCUGUUCCUGCAAGUAGGGGCAAGGAAUAGGGGAGCCUUGAGGUACAUUUGGAACAGAACACAAGAUGUAAUACAUAACAUCAGCACACAAAACUGCUUCUUUUAGGGCGCUUCUUAUUAAUGGUCUUUUAGGUAAAAUUACAAAAUGUUAGGUCAAAUUCACAGUGUCACAAUGGGAGGUCUGCACUCAUAAGUGGAUGCAAGGUUUAGAAUUAAAUAACAAGGUUCCUCCUUUUCCUCUUAACGUGUUCUUAAUAGUCGACUAUCACAUUACAACACUACAGAAAACAAAUUGUCUAUAAUAUACAGCCAAACGUAUCGCAUAGAGAUGAUUCAAAUUCAGUUUGACAAUGCAUCCUACUCAUAACUGUAUUCUCAAGGUAACAGUCGUUAGUAAAAAUCCAGUCUGUAAAGAUACGCCCUCUUAUCAGCAUAUCAGUAUUGAUACUGCGGACUAUAAAUUCUAAAGACAACACGUAACACAUGAAUGUUUGCAGAUUGUUUUACUUCCAUGUCUCUGGGUCAUACAGACGAGAUCACAUGCAAUACUAGUAUAUGAUAUAUCGCCAAAUAACUUAUCACAUAGUAUGUAUACACACAACAAGUUACAUAGUCUGUACAGUCAACAGUUUCCUCACACAAGUACUUUACACAACAAAUAAGCAAAUCUAAAAUAUCAAUAACAUGAUGAAGCACAUGGAAUAUUAACUGUAUACAUUUGCUCUAAACAAAUACAUAUGUACAUUUUAGUACAAAUUGUUUUAAUU